CGUAGCUAACGUUUUAGGCCAACGGCCAAUAAAACUCAAGAAGAAGGCCAAGGACCAAGGCAGAAGAGGAAGAUGAACGCAUCCGCACUUCACUUUGAGCCGAAGGGUAUUUUGCAUCGUGUGUAGCUUCUGGGCCCUGAACAAGCAGCUGGAGGGAUCGCAAGAUGUUCCUCAUUGACCAUCAUGAAGGCUGCAUCCUUGUAGCUGGAUGAUCUGAAAUCCCAACUAACAUUAGCUUUGAGCAAAGUUCACGGUGUUGUUGAUUGGAUUAUGUUCUGUACUAUACAUCCACAAUACCAACUGCCUUGGCCAUAAAUCUAUCAAAUUUCCUUAAUUAAAAUUGCUGACCAUCAUGUCUUAUCCCAUGUAUAAUCCAUUUGCCUCUGGGGAUACAAAUGCCUCCCAGGGACAAUAUGGACUCUCUACAGGACAGACACAGGGGACCAUAUGGAGGACUAUACCUAAUCUCGGACCUGGAUCCAGCAUAAGCUUCCCUGGACAGUCAUUUGAUGGAUCUAGUUUGCCUGAAAUCAACAGGCCUGAACCAGGUCAAACCACUUCAAACAUCCAUUUACAGAGCACCUUCAAUAUUUCUGCCAGAAAUCAAAUAACAUACCAAUCUAUUCGUCAAGGCACCACCACAACAGAGUCGAGCUUUUCUGUCUCAUCAGCUUCUCAAUAUCAUCAACAAUCCAAUGUUUGUGAUGGUUCUCACUGGUUCCCAGUUAAAAAUUCCUCAGAGUCUUCUUUAAAUCCUUAUGAUUACGCAGCUCAACCAAUCGGCCAACCUCUAGCCCAAGAGCUUGAGCUCACACCUUGCCUAGCUGAAAAGAUUUUACUGCAUUAUGGAUUUCAAAAAGAAGACUUGAAUGAACUCAUAAAUUACCCUGACGAGGAAACUACAGCUGAGAAGCUACCCUACACUUUGCAAAAGAUUCGUAUGAAGAAUGCCAACAGAGCUUUACCUGCAGCCACGUCAGACGUAACGUCUCAACCAAGUUCAAGUGGAAUUGUUAGUUUGAAAAAGCCAACGAUAUUUCAUGAUGAACCACCAUCGAUCAGUUGUCAUACAUCUGGGGAUGAAUGUACAAAUGUUGAGGGUAAGACUGUUGAGAAGCUUCUCAGUAAGGCUCAGAGUUGUGGAUUCACUUUGUUGAAGAAUGAUGAGGCUAGCAGUCAGGCUAAAAGAGCGUCUGAACAACGCUUGGAAUUAAACACCAGUGGUUCCAUUUCUUCACCUGACCAACUGGGCUCCAUUACCGGCUUGAGCUCAACAAGGAAUAUUGCAGCUCCGGCCCAACAGGUGGAAACUCAAUCAAUCCCGACUUUGCAAUCAAGCAUCCCUGCCUUUUCUCUACAAAAUAAAAGCAGGGACAUUGUAUCGCCAAAGUUUGGCCUCUAUGGGUCUCCACCUGUAAAGGCACCAACAUUUACAUCAAAAACACAGUCACCAAGUAAUAUAAGCCAGGGUGUAUGUUUAGGCGGACCUGUCCUUGUUCACACAGAAAGUAAAACUCAAGACCAAAAGUCAAAGAUCACAAAGACGGCACCGCAGAAGCAGUCACAAUUACAGAUCACACAAGCUGUGCAGCCUGCAGAGCCCACUGCUCUGAAACAAGUUCCUGCUCCCUCUUUCAUCCCCACUGUUGCAGAAGUUUCACAUCCCAUUCUACAGUCUGGCAACAAUGUCGUCUCUUCAUCUGUCCCAACCGUGGAUCUGGUCAAGAUCACUGAUACACAAGGAUCUAAACACCAGUCUCCAGUAAAACCUGCAGCCUUCAAGGGUCUGCCGUCACCAGCCAAGAUGCAUGACUGUACUGCAAGCAAACCAAGGAAGUUUCCACAUACCUGUUCUUUAUGCAAGACAAACUGUUCUCAAUUGAAGGAUUGGACUGACCACCAGCAAACCAGUCUACACGUUGGGAACUGCAAACGUCUUCGGGAACAACACCCAGAGUGGGAUGGCAAAGUACCAGUGCAAAGUGAUGCCAUUACAAGUGCCAAGAUUUCUCCCUCAACUUCUGACCACACGGCCCAUGAUCACAAAAGGAAAACCAGUGAUGGGACUCAUUCCCGGUCUUGCUCUCGCAGCCCACGCCGACGUCGCAGCUCUACCCGUAGAAGCACCACUUCCAGCAGCAGUUCUAGAUCUAAAAGUCCUCGCAAACGCCGCAGUUCUGGGCGUAGAAGAACUUCCACCAGCAGUAGUUCUCCCUCUAAAAGCAUAGAGGGGCCACUACUAGCAGUAGUUCUCCCUCCAAAAGUCCUUAUCGACGCCGUACUUUUAGGCGUAGAGGGGCCACUACUAGCGGUAGUUCUCGCUCUAACAGCCCUCGUCGACACAGCAGCUCUGAAGGUCGAAGGGGAAAACUGA